AUGGAUGUAGGCUACUUCCUGCAGCGCGCAAUGACCUCAGACUUAGCUCCCUCCGUCAUGCACUCUAACCGCAUGCGUCUGGAGACGCUGCGCCGCUGCUCGUACUACCUGGAGGUGAUCCGGCUGGACUUGCCCCUGGGCGAGCAUAGCUACCUGUCCAACUCCACCAUCCUGCACCUGAUCGACCCGUGGAAGCUGCAGCGCAUGAAGAAGCUGGCCAACUGCCAGGUGAAGAUCCAGCUGAGCCUGCUGGAGGAGCUCCACGAGCAGCUGGUGAAGGGCCGCCAGAGGCUGGACUCCCUGCUGGAGUACUGUGACCUGCCCAUGCUGAUGGUGGAGGGCGAGUCCAUCCACGAGCAGGUGACCCAGGUGCUGCGCACCAAGGCGGACUUCGACGCCGUGCUGUUGCCGGGACGCCUGCAUUCCAAGCACCAGCUCAUCUCCGAUAUGGGCAGCGCCAAGGUGCCGCAGGUGCGCCUGGCGCUGGUGCUCAAGAUGCCCGUGCACUUCAACAAGGAGCGCUCGUUUGCCACGGGCAACUCGGCCAGCCUGCACUGGCACGUGGCGGGCGCCGAGGUCUCCGACCCGCGGGAGCAGUUCGAGCUGCACUACAAGCUGCUGCAGCCCACCUGCACGGCUGAGGGGACAGAGGUGAACAUGCUCACCUGCGACGCCUACAGCGCACAGGUGGAGGGUCUGCGCUCAGACCGCUGCUACGAGUUCCGCAUAAAGAGGGUGGACUCCUGCUGCCUGGUCUACGGUCUCUGGAACGACAGCGUCAUCCUCAGGACCGUGUCCGCAAGCUUUGGGGGAGGGAAUGAAUGCAAUGAAAAGAGAAGGAGACUGUUUCCAUGGUGACAGGGACAUCACAGACAACAUUUUAUAUACAGCUAUGGGAAUUAAAUACAUUUAUAUUUACAUUUUGGAUUAA